AUGUCUGCUGUCCCUCAGGGUCCUGUCGAGGCACGUUCACUGUCCUCUGUGACCGCUAUCGCAUCAAAUCCCCCCGCCUACCCACGCAAUCCCACCCACGAGAAGCACGAUCCGCUUUCGCUGUACAUUGUACGCGUCCCAGGUAGCAAAUACAUUUUUCUUUCACCUUUGAAGCCACCAACCAAAUCAAGCGUUUCCGCGGAGGCAAUUAACGCAUCUCUAUACUAUCUUCAUGUAUCAACCCCCGAAGACGACACCCUGCUCCAAGAGGUGGAGGAAGAGCGCGAGGAGGAGGCUCAGUUGCACAGAGAACAGCUCGAGAAAGCACCCAUCGACGACCCAGCGAGGCGCGAGUUUGCACGACUGAACAAUGUGCGGCGCAAGCCAGUGGGAGGGGAUGCGACAUCUGACCUCCCACCAACACCACCCCAACACGGCACUGUUCCUCCAACUUUGCCGCCGCGCCAACCCAUGCCGCAGGUGACCGCGGAAAAUGUGUCAUUUCCUGGAACCCCGGUAGCCAAUUCGCAGCCUCCCCCGGCUUAUGCCGUGUCUGAAGGCGCAACGGGUGAGAUUGGCCCCCAGAGCGCCUUGCAAUCGCGGCCCCUUCCUCCCCUGCCACCUGGGGAGGAAUCCUGGGGCGUUUCAUCUACCGCUGAGGAUCCCCAAAAACGGGCGACUCGGUGGAGUGCAUUUGCUGGGCACAUACAGAGCAAAAGUGAGAUUUUGAGGGAAAGGUACGAUGCGCUAUCAGCCGGUCGUCAUAGUCUUGACUCCCCUAGGCCGCAUUUGCGGCCUCGGUCAUCUCAUGAUCGCCCUGGAUCUCCAUUGAGAAGUCCGGGGCAAUCUCCCUCCAGGCAAAGGAAUGCGCAUGGUACAGCUUCCAGCAAUGCCGGUUUCCACAUCACAUUGAUCAGACGUGAUCCAACGUCUGGUACACAGUGGAACGUGGCGACCAUAUCAACUCCGCGCAUGGACUGCAAUUCCGUUGAUAUUGAGAUCUCCACACCCGGGUAUAACAGAUUUGCAGGCUCCAAUGAUCUACCCUCGCUAUCCAGCCUCUCAGUCAAUCUGCCAACAGGGAUCGGUCGUGCUGGAUUCCAACAAUCCCUAGCCGCCGAGCAACCAAAGGACCAACCAAAGGACCAACCAACAGGACAAUCCAACGGGCCUCGCAAAUUCCACCGCCAACUCUGCGUGUCAAAGCCUUUCGAUGACUCCAUGGGCGAUUCCACUAACCAGGCCUCUGAAAACUCAAGGCUGAAAAGCGGCUACUACGUCUUCACCUCACCCUGGAACGGCACCUGCACAUUCGCCAGCAGCGUCAACGGCCGAAGCCUCAAAUGCAAGCACAUGAUCCCAACACCCGGCGGCUUCAUCUCACCCACCGGCGAGAACGAACCACCCCCAGCCGUGACAGUCGCCGAGCUCCGCUUCAACACCCCCUUCCAAGCAGCCAACCUCCACUCCCACGCCCACCACGCAGCCCACAAACCACACCCCAACCACGUCUCCCCAUUCAACCAAAGCCAACUCCAAACCCAACACCUCCCUCGACCAAGCUACGACUCCGAAAACCCUAGCCCCGACUCCCCCCCUCCCUACCACUCUUCCAAACGGGGCUCCUUCUCCCAACUCCUCAACCCAAACACCUACUCCCGCCCACGGGCCCACUCAGGCCCAGGCUCCGCCCCAAGCAGGGACAGGGACAUCUCCACCCCAUCAGAGCCCCGACCCCCUUUCAACCCCUCCGCCCUCCUCCGCCGAACCUCUCAGCGCGCGCAACGCUUCGCGCGCCAGAGCCAAUUCCACUCCCCUACUCAACCGUACGCGCACCGCAGUACAAGCACCAGUAGUGGCGGGCUGGACUGCGAUGCAGAAUCCGACGAGGACCGACUCGAUCUCUCGCUUGCGAGAGAGCCUGCUGGAGGCGGGUUACGGGGAAAGAGUGCUAAGCUUGGGAAAUUGGUUAUUGAGGAUGAGGGCCUGAAGAUGCUGGAUUUGGUUGUUGCGGCUUGUAUGGCUGUUUGGUGGAGAGGGUACUAUUACUGA